UGGUCAGUCUGCUGUGACAUCAUUACAAUGCGACGCGAAACAUAAUGGCUUUGUUUGGCUAGUUUGUUUUUCUUAGACGUGAGUUAGUUUAGUUAGCAAGUUAGGCCAACCUCGGUAUCUCCCCAGCCUCAAAAUAUAUUGCAUGAGAAGAAAUAGCCAGCUUUAGAAAUUUUCGUGUUUGUUGACUGGGUCCGUAGCCGAGCUGUGCAUGUUUAGCUUACUUGGUUCAUUGGGAUGCCGUGGCAGUAUUUCUGUUAACGUUAGCUAACAGUUAAUGUAAGUUGCAUUUAUAUAUGCGUUUUAAUAUGUAUUGGGACGGUCUAAAUGUUCAGAUGAUUUGAGUUCUGCAAUUCGCCGCAAGCCCCGCGAAAUAACGACAAUGGAAAUGGCAGCUAAAGGUAAGGCCAAGCGGAGGCACCUGUGUGCCGGAGAAUGUUCUGAGCUGGGGCAGAAUUUGGGGGGUCCUCUGGUGCAACCCUUCGGUGCAGCCCGCAGAAGUCUGGACCCCAGCCGUGGCCUCUACCCCAGGAGCCCCUCUAAAAGAGGCCGGAAAGGUGUGGAGAACAGCUCGCCGCAGAAGCCCAUUACCCAGUUCUUCCCUGUGAAGGGCAUCCUCAGCACCAGUCCCCAGAAAGCCGUGAAGGAGGAGGAGCCAAACAGAGAGGCGGAGCUCCAGGAGGCCGACGACGACCCGUUUGCGGGCCUGACUGAGAGCAUGUUCAUGGACGAUGAGGAACUGGCCGUAAAGCAGGAGGAGUUUCCAGGCCCUUUUUCUGUGAAGCAGGAGGGGAUGCCAGGCUCAUUUUCUGUGAAGCAGGAGGAGUUGCCAGGCCCUUUUUCUGUGAAGCAGGAGUUUCCAGGCUCAUUUUCCAUGGAAGUGAGGCAAGGUGGGACUGCCGGUUGCAGUAGCUGGGACUACCAACCCCCUCCGAACCCCGCUGGGCCGGUCUGCGUGAAGGUGGAAAAGGAGGAUGACGAUGAGUACCCAGUGGACCCCCUCCCCGACGCCCACUACGGCCUCCUGGGCAGCCGCGGCGGGUGGGCGGAGCCACAGGGGCAGCUGGGAGACCUGCCCGAGGAGAUCCUGGGUGCUGUCGUUCCGGACCUGUCAGGCACUCGGCCUGGUGCGCUGGAGGACAUGCGCACCGUGCCUGACGUGUGCCGCUGGUCAUAUGGCGGAGCUUGCUUCUCGCUGCCUCUGCAGUUUGUGCCCUGGAAGAAGCUGUACUAUCAGUACCAGAGGGAAGAGCCGUCUGCAGUGCAGUUCGUUGACUCCAUCCUGGAGGACAACUGCAUCACUGCCCGAGAAGAGCUGUGCAUUCUCAACAUGGUCAAGUACGUGUCCCAGUUUAAGCACAGCCGCACGGUGCAGCCCGAGGAGGUCCUGCGCUGCGUCAGGGAGCAUCCGCUCUUCCCCGCGGUGCACGCCUGCCUGAAGCACCGCCUCCCGGAGCUGCCCGAGAUCCAGGGGGGUCCGAACCCGUGGUCUGCCAUGGCGCUGAUACUGAUCCUGGCAAACGGGGUGAAGGACGUUCAGGAUCUGGUGAUCCGGCUGAGGAGGUCGGGCUGCCUGCAGUCCCCGGGGGGCGUAUCGGAGUACCUCUGCUGCGUAGCCGUGCUGCUACUGGCCAUGCGGAGACACGGCAUCAAGAUGAGCAGCCGGUGCCACUACAACGUCUUUUACGUCCUGCACCUGAUGGAGAAUGCCCCUCGUCCUGCAGUGGCUGCACAGAGCGGUUUGGCCAUCCAGGUGACGCACGAACAGCAGCAGAUACUCAAUCAUGACAUCCAGCCUGGCCAGAUAGUCAAGGUCAUGGCCUUCGCAGGCACGGGGAAGACGUCCACGCUGGUGCAGUACGCCCAGCAGAGGCCGCACCUCCGCUUCCUGUACGUGGCCUUCAACAAGUCCACCGCAACGGAGGCCCGGGGCCGCUUCUCUAGGAACGUGGACUGCAGGACGGUCCACUCUAUGGCCUUUGCAGCCAUCGGAAAGCGUUACCAGAAUCUGAAGAAGCUUUCCUCCAACCUUCGGCCCUUCUGUGUGGCUUGGGUGCUUCCCAAAGGCAUGGGCGGCUUCGUCAACGCCAAGGUGGUCACCCAGACCAUCGGGGCCUUCUUCGCCUCCGCCGACCGGCACAUCACCGUCGACCACGUCCCUCAGGAGUACAAGAACACCAACGGGCAGAUGAAGAGGCCGGACCACACGGAGAAGCAGGCAUUUGUGUAUGAAGCCCAGAAGAUAUGGGAUAGAAUGACCGAGUUAACAAAGACAAAGGAAACUGCGUAUCACAUGACCCAUGAUGGUUACCUCAAACUCUGGCAGCUACAGAACCCGCGUCUCUACAACUAUGAUGCCAUUUUCAUUGAUGAGGCCCAGGACUGCACACCAGCGGUCAUGGACAUCCUGCUACACCAGAGCUGUGGAAAGAUCCUGGUGGGAGAUCCUCACCAGCAGAUUUACACCUUCAGAGGGGCUGUCAAUGCCCUGCAGGAGGCAUCCCACACUCACCUGUACUAUCUCACCCAGAGCUUCAGAUUUGGCUCUGAAAUCUCCUACAUUGGAGCUACGAUUCUGUGGUUUUUCAAAGGAGUGACGAAGAUGCUGGUUGGUGGGAGUCAGGAAGGCAGUGUGAGAGGAGAGGAGGACCCCAGCGAGGCGCUGGGACAGGGGCAGGCCCGGGCACACAGGGAGGGAACGGUCGCCAUCCUCUCCCGCUGCAACGUGACCGUGUUCGACCAGGCCGUCAGGCUCACCUCCCCCACCAGCCCCCCGAAAAUCCACAUCGUGGGCGGCGUGGAGAAUUUCGGACUGAAGAAGAUCUUGGACAUCUGGGUGCUGAUGCAGCCGGAGAGCGACCGGAUACAGAAGAACCUGAGCAUCGGAGACUACUUCAUCAGGAGGUUCUGCAGCCAGAGCCUGGGCGGCUACGCCGGGCUGAAGAGGUACGCCUGCAACACCGAGGACCGCGAGCUGGAGGCCAAGCUGGCCGUGGUGGAGAAGUACGGCCACCGCAUCCCUGAGCUGGUGGACCGCAUAUGCAGCUGCUCUGUGAGCACCCCACACUCCGCAGAUUACGUUUUGGGCACCGUGCACAAGGCCAAAGGGCAGGAGUUUGACACGGUCUUCAUCACCGACGACUUUGCCAAAGUGCACUGCGCCGGACACACCCGUCAGAGACUGUUCGGCACUGCCAGAAGGGAAGAUGGAUCCAUUAACGUCCCAGAAGACGAGUGGAACCUGCUGUAUGUGGCUGUGACCCGCGCCAAGAAGAAACUGGUGAUCACCAAAACCAUCGGGAACAUCCUGACCAUGGCCAAGGAGUACUUCCUGCGGCCCGUGCUGACCAGCACGCUGCUCGGAGACGGGCAGCCGCCCUGCUGCUCCGUGCAGGAGUGUCAUAACCGCAUCCUGGAGGACUCCGCCCUCACCAUGUGCAAGGUCCCCAUCAGAUACAGUGACUCUGCAGAGGCGGGAGGGCCUUUGUGUGUGACCUGCGUGGAGCAGCGCGUGGGUCACAUGGCCUACCUGAUCGCCUCACCUGAGCAGGUGAAGGCCACGCCCUACACACUGGAGAGGGUGGAAUUCCCCAUCAACGUUGCCAUGUUAAUGGCACUGUUCUGAGCUUACCUGUACAGGUAAUGAUGGCCUUCUCGGAGUUGCCAAUAAGAAUAACCCUGGUGACAGCUAGCUUUAUUUUAAAUAUGUGUACAUACAUUGUAUUUUUAAUUUUAAAAAUGUUGAAAUUUUUUAAAAAAUACUCAAAAUCCCUACGAACAUAUUUUUUUCUAAACUAUGAAAAAAAAAAAAACUUGUGUUGCUGAGAUUUAUAUUCAAAGUUUGUGAUUUAUAAUAACAGAACUAAGGGUCUUUGCA